AUGCCCACUGCACCGUAUUGGGGCGAUCUGUCAGGCCCCAAAGCGGCCAGACGCCAGCGUCGCCAGUCAGAAGACUUUAGUCUCCCGGAACGCAAAUCCCCAGAGCUGGAGGGUCCCUCGACCGCCGCGCUCAUGACGGACAAACCUCUUCCUCCUCCUCCCCCAAAGUCAAACCGCACCUCGAUGCAGACGACCAACACCGAGGCCGUCACCGAAUCAACUCUCAGCCCCUACGCCUCACCUACCGCCUCCAGCUUUGCCGACCAAGGUCUAGCCCCGCGCCCGCCGACGUUCCCCUACGGCGAAUCUCAGUACCCAGACGAUCAGGCUGAGAGACGCCAACGAAGACGCAGAGAGCGCAACAACGAGGCCGAGGACGACAUUGACCACGAAUAUCUGUCCGGCCCAACGCCUCCGGCCGCCCCAGAUGUGCCCAAGGCCCCGCCCGUGAGCUUCAGACAUCCGUACGGCAAUGGUGGCCUGCCAUACACACACACAUCACCAGGCCCGCCUCGCCCUCCGCGACAGCCUAGUCCGCUGGUCAUCCCGGACGACGAGAUGAAUCCUGAAGAGUACUACAAGAACCCUGCAUCCGAGGAAAGGCAGCAGAAGCAGGAGGAACACCCGCCUCUCGACCGCUCGCAGCCCACGCUCGAUGCCGCCGCCGAGACGCGAGCACCCCGCGAGCCCCGCGACCCUCAAAGUUCUUCGAGGAGAAGAUCGACAGGUGGGGCAGGCAGAAACGGGCAGGGAAGAAAGGCUUCGGUAGGAGGAUCCAGCAGAAAGUUCGCAAACGACCGUUCUCCCCUCCAGAGGCUUGAGCUGACGCUCGACAGCAUCACCAAGGAGGAGAAGCGAGCUCGUGUCGAGGCCGCGGAGCGUCGCGCCAGGGAAAAGGCUGCGGCCAAGGCCGCCCAGAACCCGGAUCUUUUGCAGCCUCCCGAGCCCACCCAGCGUGCGCCGCCGCAGCCGCAGGAACCCCUGCCCAAGCAGCAACCUCAGCGACCCCUCCCAGAGCCGCCUCGAAAGCCUCAACAACCUCCACCAGAGGUACAGCAGGUGCAGCAUGUGCCGGUACAGCAAGUACAGGUGCACCAGGCGCCAGUCCAGCAGGUGCGGUUCCGAGACGACGGUCUGGAUGAGGGCCGCAGAGGGCAGCAAGCCAAUAUUGCUGCUCCGCGCGGAGCGCCGGUGCAAUACUAUCCCGUAGACGACGGCAGAUAUGCGCCGCGCCAGUCGCUCGAUGAGAGGCGACAACAACCGCAGUACGCGCCUGAAUCCCACAGGCGCCAUGCGUCUGGGCCAUACCCGCCGAAAGGACCUCCAAUGGCUGCGGAACCGAGACAUCCUCCCGCCUCCUCUGGGGUCCCACAGAGAAGCGUCAGUCUCCGCGAAGAACCUCGCGAGCCGCCCGCGACGAGCUCAGGCAUCCCUAAGCGUAACUUGAGCUUCCGCGAGCGCGCUGCAAAGAACGACAUGAGGUUGCCGCAAGCCUCCGAGCAAACUCAGAGCGCAGAGGCAAGCCCGCAGCCCACACCACCAGUUUCUGGAUCUCGGCGACCCAGUUUCUCUCUCACUAGGAGCGUGAGCAAUAAGCUGAAGAAGCAGCCCAAGGGCGAUCCGUGGUUCAACAUCCGGCAGGAUGCAGAGAGGAAAUACGACAACAUUGACUUCCGGAACGCCGCUUUGGACCAAUCUGCGGCAGAAAAGGGCGGUCCUCCCGUCCAGAGAUCCGUGUCCCAUGCUGCGCGCGAACAGGCAUUGCCCCCGGACGCAAUGCGGGAGGAGGUCAGACGGGUCGGGAUUCCCAGUAAGGCUGCGAAGUUAAUUGGCUUUGACUUUGGAGGAGUUCAACGUCGGUCGACGGCCCCGGCAGCCCAACAGCACGACUACGAGUCUGAUGACGACGACCCCCGAUACGACAAUGUUCGCCAUGCGCGCGUGGUAUCGGGUGGACGCGGUGACAGCCAACACCACGCACCUCAAGCGCAGGCUGGGGCGCGCGGAAGACCCUCUGACAGGGAAUACUACUCCGAGGAUGAUGGGUUCAGUGACGACUCUCGAGACCUGUAUCCUGCGAAGAAGACAUUCCGCCCCGGUGAAGGCAUUUACAAGCCGCCAGUGUAUCUUGACGAGUGGAAGAAGGCCACAGUCGGCAGUUUAUCUGGGGCCAUGCUGGACCUGAGCGACGAACAACUCGCUUCGACUGAUAAGGACACCCCUUGGUGGGAAGGCGGCAAGCGCAGAGGGAGCACAUCACGGCCGCGCAAGGCGGAAGCCUUUGACGGCGAGUAUGAUGACACACACGCCCCCACACGGUUCAAGCCGCCAUUGUUCCUCAAGUGCGGCCCGCUGUUGAGAUACUGCGGACUCAAGCAUGAGAAGGUUCCCGCCCGUAACAGGAACACUGCCGUCAAUGAGAGAACAAUCUGGCGUGGGUCGGUCAUGAUCGUGACGCUGGAUAGCGACUCUUCUUACGAGAUCGCGCCGACCUUGAGACUGUUCGUACAGCCUAUCGAACUACUCCCCCCUCCGCCUCAGGAGAUCUCGGGAGAGCAGGGGCUACCGCCAGAAUACGUGGACCCGAUUGCUGGGAUUCCGAAGCUGGGCAGACGAGGAGAGACGCUUUACGUCCGUCCAGUGGAGCACCUCGAUGAGGCCAAGGACCUGUCUAGAGACGAGACAGACAACGGCCUCUUCGAGAAGACCAGAAGCCCACCUGAUUACACCCAGGCAGAUGGUUCGCCAGACUUGCCUGGGUCUUUUGCCAGCCGCCGAAAGCGCGUCGAGAUCGAUGGGGAAAAGGUCUCCAAGUACAAGGACGUGCGCGGUUUCCGAUUGCAUGCAGAGCGCGGAUGUACAUUCUGGCGCUUCAACAUUGAGAUUGAGCUCCGCGAAAAACAGCAGCGGAUCGCAUACCGAAUCAACAGGGGCCCUGCGAUGGGCUUCUGGGUCCCUGCCCUCGGAGAAUCGAUGAACAUCAUGUUCCACAGCUGCAACGGGUUCAGUGCUAGUGUCAACCCCGACGACUUCAGCGGCCCCGACCCUAUGUGGCGCGACGUUCUCAACACUCACCAGUCACAGCCUUUCCACGUCAUGAUUGGCGGCGGUGAUCAGAUCUAUAACGACUGCUUGAUGGACCAGAGCAAGCAGUUCCGCGAGUGGCUGACGAUUAAGAACCCUCUGCACAAGCACAACUCGCCCUUCACGCCAACGAUGCAGGACGAGCUGGAGCGGGCCUACCUUGAGCGUUACUGUAUGUGGUUCUCGCAGGGUCUCUUCGGCCUGGCCAACUCGCAGAUCCCCAUGGUCAAUAUGUGGGAUGACCACGACAUCACGGAUGGCUUCGGCUCGUAUGCCCACCACGACAUGAACUCGCCAGUUUUCUCCGGCCUCGGCAACGUUGCCUACAAGUACUACAUGCUGUUCCAACAGCAGAGUAUCCCCACGGAGACGGAGGCUUCUGAGCCCAGCUGGGUUCUCGGCAGCGAACCCGGGCCGUACAUUAGCGAGCUGAGCCGCAGUCUGUUUGUGGAACUGGGCUCCAAGGUUUCUCUGUUGGCUGUUGAUGGCAGGACGGAGCGGACGGAGCUUGACGUGGUCAGCGAGCCUUCGUGGCAGAGAAUCAUGGACCGCUGCUACGACGAACUGAGGAACGGACGAACCGAGCACUUGCUGGUCCUUCUGGGUGUUCCGAUCGCCUACCCCAGAUUGGUCUGGUUGGAGAAUAUUCUCACCUCGAGAGCGAUGGAUCCUGUCAAGGCUCUGGGCAAGUUGGGAAUGCUCGGCAAUACUCUUAACCACAUCGAUGGUGGCGUCGAAGUGCUCGACGACCUGAACGAUCACUGGACUGCCAAGAAUCACAAAAAGGAGCGGACCGUUGUCCUGCAGGACAUGCAGGACCUGGCGGCAGACAAGUCUGUAAGAGUCACAUUCCUCAGCGGCGAUGUCCAUCUUGCUGCCGUCGGUCAGUUCUACGCCAAUCCCAAGCUUGGUCUACCCAAGCACAAGGACUUCAGGUACAUGCCGAACAUCAUCUCCUCGGCCAUCGUCAACACGCCGCCUCCCGAUCUGAUGGCGGAUAUUCUGAACAAGCGUAACAAGAUCCACCACUUUGACGAGUCGACCGAGGAAGACAUGAUCCCGCUAUUCCAGCAUGGCGUCGACGGCAAGGCGAGAAACAACAAGCACCUGCUACCACAUCGCAACUGGUGUUCCAUCCGGGCAUGGACCCCAGGCACUACGCCACCUCCCACGCCACCGCUGUCGGCUUAUGAUAGGAGCCCAAGUCCGCCGGCGAACCGUGGAGGCCUUCUGAGGCGGUUUUCAUCGAACCGUGGCCCGGCAUAUCGCCCGGAUGUUCAGCGCGAUGGCCGAGACGAGUCCCGGUCGCGACCUCCAAUCUCCAACAAGGGCAAGGCUGGCGGCCUGUUCCGCAGUCUCUCGCGCCGCAACUCGACCGAUGGAGGUCGACCUACUGAGCCGUCCAAGCCAAAGCGCUCAUUGUCGUUGACUCGCAAUUUCUUCAGUCGCCGGGGCAGCAAGAAGUCGCAGCCCGACGACGGUGGUAUCAACGGCCAGUGGGGAGACGACGAUGGAGACGACGAGAGUGUGGACGACGGAUUUUAUGGGUAUGAAGACGAGCACAACCAUGGGCCGGCGCCUACGUCCAGGGGCAUGGGUCUUCGUGGCGGCGGUGGUCACGAUGAGUACCAAUCCGGCGAUGACUCGUACUUCACGGCUCGCCCGGCAGCGCGAAUGAGCGGCGCUGCUAACAGGGCAGUCCCACGGACCCAUGACGAGUUCCAGCCUGGCGACGAGACUCAAUUCUCCGCUCGUGCGCCGGCUCGUUCUUACACCACCGGCGAUGAACGCCAGGUUCCUAGGUCGCAAGAUUCGCUGGCGCGGCCGAAGCCGUUCCACCGCACUCCGACGGGGUUGUCGGUUAAGCAAAAGAAGAAGGCGGAUGCUUUUGAAGUGGACCUCGAAGGUGGUUUGGACAUUUGCCUCAAUGUCGAGGUGAACCAGAAGGAUCCCGCCGGCAUCACAGUGCCAUACCGGCUCCUUGUGCCUCGUCUGGUUUGGGACGACGCCAAGGAGGCUGCCAAUCUGCAGCCGCCUGCCCCGGCGGGUUUCAAGCGGCUGUUUAGUAUGAAGAAGAAGGACACUGGCGCCGUGCCACCUCAGGGCCCGGCGUCCGAGGAACAGUUUGAGGGGUCUAUUAGACAACAACCAGCGGCACCUCCCGCGGGUCGGGAGCCUGUCUACGAUGCGCUCCCCGCGAGUGCGAGGUACGAGUCGCCCGGAGGCUAUGAUUCAGCCCGCACGCAUGACUCGGCUGGGCGGUACAACUCGCCAGCGAGGUACGAGACACAGAGUGCGAGGCAGGGCAGAUGA